AUGUGGAUGGUUGAGGAAUUCAUGCAAAUCCUGAGAGAGAUGUUGCUGGAGGGGAAUAUUCACAAUAUUGUGGUGUUUACUGUUAUUACCAGCUCCUCCGUGCUUUCAGUUGUUGGGAUGUUGAGGCAUAUUUACAUAUUCAUCUACAACCUUCGGCACGCACAUGAAGUUGACUUGCCUGCUGUUAGAGGACUCUCCCCUAAGGUGGAGGAGCCACCGACACCAACAUUCACAGACAUUGGAAACUUUCCAGUAAUUGCAAGUCCAGAAAAGCUUGCUGUAGCAAACUUUGAUCAGAUGAAAUACAAUAAAGGAAGACAACAUUCAAAUGAG